UGUUGCGGUUUUGCCGUUUGGUGCUACGUCAAAAAUAGCAUUUUCGACGGUGCUGGCAAAAGUGAAAAUCGACGCGAUUUUUUUUUGUUUCGCCGGACUUUUUCUUGUAAAGUACGAAGCAAAUUGUGUUUGAAAGUGCGUUCGUCGCAAAAUGUCGGUUCAGCCGGUUGCCGGAGUACAAACGUUUCCAGCACUGGUACCGUUCAGUGUUCCUCCUCCAGGGUUCGCAGCGGCAGCAGUUGGACCAGAUCCAGCGGCCAUACCUAUUAUACCACUUGUAACGCCGGCAGUAAGCGAAUGGACCGAGCACAAGGCACCGGAUGGAAGAACCUACUACUACAAUAGCCUAACUAAACAAAGCCUUUGGGAGAAACCUGACGAACUAAAAAGCCCAGCGGAAAAACUGCUGUCACAGUGCCCCUGGAAGGAGUAUAAAUCGGAUCAGGGCAAGGUGUACUAUCACAAUGUGAACACGAAAGAAUCGCAAUGGGUUGCUCCCCCGGAGUAUUUGGAACUGAAGGAAAAAGUUGAAGCGGAACGAGUAGCAGCUGAAGCAGCAAAGGCAGCGGCUCUGAAAACCGUAGGAACAGGUACGAUUCCAAUGAUGAUUCCUCCCGUGAUUUUACCCGUCGUGUCGCCCGCUUUGGUCACAACCGAAUCUGUACCAUCACUAUCCGGAGUCACUCCUGGGUCAGCCGAAAAUUCAUCCUCUGCAUUGGACCAGGCGAUGGCAGCAACUCUGGCUGCGAUCGAAGUCCCGGAAGAUCCCGUUCCCAAAAAGGAGGAAGAGGAAAAGCCUCCCGUUGAGGAAGAGCCUGUGGUUGAAUUCAAAGAUAAGAAAGAAGCGAUUGAGGCAUUCAAGGAAUUUCUAAGAGAGAAAAACAUACCGUCGAGUGCGAGUUGGGAGCAGUGCGUAAAAUUGGUACAGAAAGAUCCAAUGUUCAAUGUAUUCAAAAGGUUGCAAGAGAAAAAGCAGGCGUUCAAUGCUUACAAAACGCAGAAGCAAAAGGAUGAAAAAGAUGAACAAAGACUAAAGGUUAAAAAAUCGAAGGAAGAGUUGGAAAAGUUUCUAAUGACUACUGACAAAAUUAAUGCCUCCUACAAAUAUUAUCGCUGCGAUGAAAUGUUUACUAGUUUGGACGUUUGGAAAUCUGUUCCGGACCAGGACCGACGAGAUAUAUUUGAUGAUUGCAUUUUCAAUUUAUCUAAACGGGAGAAAGAGGAAGCGAGGAUUCUGAAGAAGCGCAAUAUGCGAGUUCUUGGGGAACUGCUGGAAGCGAUGACGUCGGUGUCGUAUCAGACAACAUGGUCAGAAGCGCAAGUCAUGUUACUUGAGAAUUCGUCCUUUAAGAACGAUGUAAACCUACUUGGUAUGGAUAAGGAAGACGCACUGAUAGUAUUUGAGGAACACAUUCGUACUUUGGAGCGGGAAGAGGACGAGGAUAAGGAGCGCGAGAAGAAACGGCUGAAGAGACAGCAACGCAAGAAUAGAGAUCAGUUCUUAGCUCUUCUGGAUGGUUUGCAUGAGGAAGGAAAACUUACGUCUAUGUCAUUGUGGGUUGAGCUUUACCCGAUAAUUUCUGCGGAUUUGCGUUUCUCGGCUAUGUUGGGUCAAAUCGGUUCUACACCGCUAGAUCUCUUUAAAUUUUAUGUGGAAAAUUUGAAGGCACGUUUCCACGAUGAGAAGAAAAUUAUUAAAGAGAUUCUGAAAGAGAAAGAAUUCUUUGUCCGGUCUGGAACAACAUUUGAGGACUUUGCUACCGUUGUGUGUGAGGAUAAACGGUCGGCCACCUUGGAUGCGGGCAAUGUCAAACUGACCUAUAACUCACUACUGGAGAAGGCAGAAACGGCUGAAAAGGAACGUCUUAAAGAAGAAACCCGCCGUAUCCGAAAGAUGGAGAACGAAUUGAAAGGUGUUUGGAUGGAGGCGGGUCUUUCGGCUGGAGAUAGUUGGGACAUCGCUCAGAAAUUGGUAAUCAACUUGGAAGUUUACGAACUGUACGAGAAGGAAGACAAGGUGGAACGUCUGUGGGAUGAGUUCAUCAAAGAAGCCGAGGAUUCGUGCAGUCAUCAUCACUCGCGUUCGAAAAAAUCAAAGAAAAACAGGAAACACAAAAAGAAGUCACGAUCAUCAUCCAAGUCGGAGUCCGAUGCUUCGGAAGCUGAAUACGAGAAACCCUCGAAGAAAAAGCGCAAAUCCCGCUCGAGAUCACGCUCCAAAUCGAGUGAGUCGGAAAGUGACGAGCAGAGUGAACGAGAACGCAAACGCAAAAAGAAAAAGAAGCAUCGUAAGCACUCUCGUUCUCCUUCGUUCGAGGAACCUGCCACGGCUGUAGAAACGAAAAAUGGCAAUCCUUCAAAGUCUCCAUCGCCCGAGGUUGAGCGCAAGAAGAAAAAGAAAGAUAAAAGGAAGAAGGACAAACGUCGCUCUCGUUCCGUUAGCCGAGGAAGCAGCCCUGGUGCUAGACAUCGUACUCCGGAAAUCGGCAGGAAUGGUGGUUCUCCGUCGCCCAAGGUAUCGGACGAUGCGGCGCUAUCAGAGUCGGAGUUGGAAUCGCAAAGGGCAGCUUUGCUGGCGCAGCUGAACGAACAGUUGGACGAGUGAUUCCAGUGGCUACUGUCGACCGACUGUCUCGCAGCGGGUCGCAGAAGACAAUGACAGACGCAGCAGCAAUUUACAAGUGCGAAAUUGUAUUUCUUUGAACCACAGAUAAAUAUAAACGGUUUAGUAUCA